AGAGCCGCCGCCGCCGCCCCCCCGCGCCCCUCCCGGCCCCCCCAGAGCACCAGCAGCCAUUUCAUCUCCACCACCACCACCACCAAGUAGGCGCAAAAAAUGGCAGAAAUGGAGAAAGAAGGGAGACCUCCCGAAAAUAAAAGGAGUAGGAAGCCGGCUCACCCGGUGAAGCGGGAGAUCAACGAGGAGAUGAAGAACUUUGCUGAAAACACUAUGAAUGAGCUCCUUGGCUGGUAUGGUUAUGAUAAGGUAGAACUGAAAGAUGGAGAAGAUAUUGAAUUCAGGAACUACUCAGCAGAUGGGGAAAGCCGCCAGCACAUUUCUGUUCUCAAAGAAAAUUCUUUGCCAAAACCAAAAUUACCUGAGGACAGUGUUAUUUCACCGUACAAUAUAAACCCAAGCUACCCAGGGCUUGCCACAGGAAAUGGACUAUCAGACUCACCAGCAGGGUCGAAGGAUCAUGGGAAUGUACCUAUUAUUGUCCCAUUAAUUCCACCACCUUUCAUAAAGCCACCAGCAGAAGAUGAUGUGUCAAAUGUACAAAUAAUGUGUGCCUGGUGCCAGAAAGUUGGAAUCAAGCGCUAUUCCCUGAGUAUGGGAAGUGAAGUGAAAUGCUUCUGCAGCGAGAAGUGCUUUGCAGCUUGCCGAAGAGCAUAUUUCAAGAGAAACAAGGCUAGAGAUGAAGAUGGACAUGCUGAAAAUUUUCCCCAGCAGCACUAUGCUAAGGAAACUCCAAGACUUGCCUUCAAGAAUAACUGCGAACUACUUGUAUGUGACUGGUGUAAGCACAUAAGACACACAAAAGAGUAUCUGGAUUUUGGGGACGGGGAAAGAAGGCUUCAGUUCUGCAGUGCAAAAUGUCUCAAUCAGUACAAAAUGGACAUUUUCUACAAAGAGACACAGGCCAAUCUUCCAGCUGGACUGUGCAGUACAUUACAUCCUCCAGUCGAAAAUAAAGCAGAAGGCACUGGGGUGCAGCUGCUGACUCCAGAUUCUUGGAAUAUACCGCUAGCAGAUGCUCGGAGAAAAGCCCCAUCCCCAGCGUCUGCAGCUGGCCAAAUUCAAGGCCCUGGACCAUCAGCGUCUACCACUGCCUCUCCGUCUGACACUGCCAACUGCUCUGUCACUAAAAUCCCCACGCCAGUUCCCAAACCUAUUCCCAUCAGUGAGAAUCCAAAUAUUCCACCAGUUUCUGUCCAGCCACCUGCUAGCAUUGUGCCUCCAAUUGGUGUCCCUCCUCGCAGUCCUCCCAUGGUGAUGACAAACCGUGGGCCAGUUCCUCUGCCCAUAUUCAUGGAACAGCAAAUUAUGCAGCAAAUCCGUCCACCAUUUAUUCGUGGGCCACCUCACCAUGCCUCAAAUCCUAACAGCCCUCUGUCCAAUCCAAUGAUUCCUGGAAUUGGUCCCCCACCAGGUGGUCCCAGGAAUAUGGGUCCCACCUCCAGCCCCAUGCACAGGCCAAUGCUUUCCCCCCAUAUCCAUCCCCCCACAACACCUACCAUGCCUGGGAAUCCUCCUGGCUUGUUGCCGCCUCCCCCUCCCGGAGCUCCUUUGCCCAGCCUUCCCUUCCCCCCUGUCAGCAUGAUGCCAAAUGGUCCUAUGCCUAUGCCACAGAUGAUGAACUUUGGAUUGCCAUCCCUUGCCCCACUGGUGCCACCCCCAACUCUACUAGUGCCAUAUCCUGUCAUUGUCCCUUUGCCCGUUCCCAUCCCCAUUCCCAUCCCCAUCCCUCACAUCAACGACUCCAAACCCCCCAAUGGCUUCUCCAGCAAUGGCGAAAGCUUCAUUCCGAGUACCUCCAGCGAGACGCCUGGGGCAAAGCCAACCAAUAGCUCUUCAUCCCCUCGAGAGUCAAAGCAAGGAUCAUCCAAAUCCUCUGACUCAUCACCGAGCUGCUCAGGCCAGUCCCUUAAUCAAGCGAAAGUGCUUCAGGAGCACAGUAAAAAUGAAGUUGUUGAUUUGACUGUCAGACCUAGUAGUCCAGCGAACAGUAAAUUUGGUUUCCCCAGUGUGCUACAGGGUCCACAGGACGGUGUGAUAGACCUAACAGUAGGCCACCGGUCUAGGCUGCACAAUGUCAUCCACAGGGCUCUACAUGCCCAAGUGAAAGUUGAACGUGAACCUAACAGUGUUGUAAAUUUGGCUUUUGGUAGCUCGGACAAAAGGAACUGCAGUGACUGCAGGGACAACUGCAGCCCGGUUGACUCAAAAACGUUACCGUGCAGUGACGGAGCUCACUGCUGUCCCGUCUCCUUGGCCUCUGGCACGCCAGGACUGGAAGCUGGCGCAGCGGUGUGCAACGUCAUUGUGAAUGGCACAAAGAGCACAGAGGGUUCCAAGAACCCGGAGCCGCCCCAGGAGCCGAAAAAGCCGCAGUCCCCGGAGGAGCUGGCGGUGAGCGAGCUGGAGUCCGUUAAGGAGAACAACUGUGCGUCGAACUGCCACCUUGAGGGAGAUGCUGGCAAGAAGACUGGAGAGGAGCCCCUGGCUGGGGGAGACAAACAGGACCCAAACCUUAACAAUCCAGCAGACGAGGACCAUGCAUAUGCUUUGAGGAUGCUGCCCAAGACAGGUUGCGUGAUCCAGCCUGUGCCAAAACCAGCAGAAAAGACUGCUAUUGCGCCGUGCAUUAUCUCAACGCCAAUGCUCAGCACAGGGCCAGAGGAUCUGGAGCCACCAUUGAAAAGGAGGUGUCUCCGAAUUCGAAAUCAGAAUAAGUAAAGGAGCGCUCACUGACAGGGUACCUUGCAUGGAGAAAGGGAGCAGAGCAAACCACGUCACUCCACCGAAUGACACCAGCUGGUCCGCUCA